AUGACUGGUGAAGCGCACCACUACGUCGCCCGUACGCUCACCAAAUUUUCGGCCAGUUCUAGACUAGCAAGCGUAGAAGAAGAACUAGGCAAGAACUGGCCGAAAAAUUGGAUGGAAGUGUUUCUCUCUUCCCCUCAAGUGGUCUUCGCUCCGGUCUUCUUCCCCGAGUGGUGA